UUAUUAACCUUACACAUGGGCCAGCAGAAUUCGGGAUUCGUGGUCGAGAUUGCCAGUCCAAGGCUUGGUCGGUUUCAGGCUGUGCCCCAAAAAGAUCCAGACGAAAGCAAUCCGGAAUGGAGGAUUACUGUAAAUCCAGCAGCCGAACUAGUAGGAUCACCGAGGUUACGGGCACUCAUUGAUCGGCUAUAUCAUCAUCAGAAAUUGCUUACUGACUUUGAUGCAAAACAGAUUCUCUCCGCUCUUCAAUGUAUGGACCCAACAGCAGAACUUCUCCUCCCACUGCUCACAGUUUUAUCAAAUGCAACCGCCUAUCCGUCGAAUCAAUUAUUAAUGAGAGAAUUUCGAUUAACAAAUCGAGUUGUUGAAAUGUUACCGGAUUCGAAGCAUUGGCCAAGAUCUACUCGAGUUAUUUUGUUACAGUGUAUUGCAAAUAUGGCAGUGGCUUCUGAUAAUAUGGAAGUGAUGAAACAUGCUCUAAACCAUAUCGUCUUCCGAUUAAGUUCUGAAGAUGAAAUGGAAGUUGUAGUUGCAAUGCAAGCACUCACAAAUCUUUCAAUAAAUAUUCGAAAGGAUCAAAUUCCGAAAUUUGUUCCAGUAAUACCACAUUGUCUUAAUAGAUUAUGGGUUCGUGGAGAAGUGAAUUUAAAUGCUCUUCGGCUACUUGUUAAUCUCUCAUGUUGUCCUGAUAUGGUUCCAUUUUUACUUGGAAAUAAGUCAGUUUCUGGUCUUCUUCGAAUAUUGGAUACUGAUCGAGAAGAGGUUCUUAUCAGAGCAGUCACGUGGAUUUUAUGUACGACUUCUGCAGUUCAGGCGUUGAAUAUUACGUAUGAAAGGAUAGCUGAACAUAAUUUGGAUCCAUUCCAUAAUCCAUCUCACACUCUCUAUUUCUCUAUAUACGGCCCAAAAGGACGGGAGGAACUGGAAGCACAAGCCAGGCAUCUGACAGAACAUUCGAAUAAGGAUGUGGCUAGUAAAGCACAACGAUUACUUGAAACACUCGCAAGUGUUCCCUCGUUCCCAACAGCUGGAUCUCAUUUGAAUCGACUCUAAUCCCUCUAGAAUUCCCCGACUUCCCAUGUUUAAUUACGAAAAUACGUGUCAUUGAAUCAGAAACAAAACACUUUUUCUCCAAGAAACAAUGUAACAAAAUUUCACUUCGGUGGCAACCACCGGUAAUUUUAAAAACUUGAUAAAAUCUAAUUUUGAAUCUGAAAAAUUGAAAUUUCUAGUCCCCAAAAUGUCUAUGAGCUUUAUUUAUUGGACAGUUUUAAUACAAGUUAUAAUAAUAAACUAAUAACGUUUU